AUGGGAGAUAGCCCUCUCUACAUUUUUAAAAGUUUUGGUCCGUUCUGGUUAGUUCAAGAAGAAACAUUCACUGGCCAUGAAUCCUCAUCACGUUCUGUAUCCAGACGAAGCUCAGUCCAUGUUAUUGAUGGCAUCGACGGCUCAAACGUCAUCGACAACAUUGCCGGAGAGGAAUCAAUAAUACCACCGCUCGACCCUCA